UAUGAAGCUAUUUAUUGUCAGCUUAUGUGUGAACAACCCAGCAAACUUGAGGACAUUCUGGAAAUGUCUGGAUUUCUGGCAGUAGAAUAUAUAAGGUGUGAGCUCAGAGUGCUGCAGCAGAUCAGAGACUGAAGACUGGGAGUUCACAUCAGUCAGUUUGAGGGAAGUGAGAGAAGAGGCAGAGACAAUGCUGCGCUAUCGGGCUUUCCACCCUUCACGUCUGUGCCAGCAGCCUGUAUACACACUGGCGCCUGUUGCACACAGGCUCUGGGAACCACUUGAAUGUAACAUGUGGGAACAGGUGGAAGAAGCGAGAAAGGGCAUGAAGUUCAUCCAUCGAGUUCUUGAGGAGCUGACAGCAGAAUGUUUUGGGGAAAUACCAGGAACUCGAGACAACAAAUCUGAUGCUAAUGGAGAAGGUAAAAGACAAUCCGAGGACAAGGAUGGAGAUGGCUUUUCUGCGUCCCUGAAUGUCCAGCACUUCUCCCCAGAAGACCUGAGGGUGAAAGUAUUUGGUAGAAAAGUGCUGGUGACAGGAAAACACGAGAAGAAAUGUGAUGAUGGCAGCGGCUGUUACAGCUACAAGUAUGAAGAGUUCAGGAGAGAAUUCCAGCUGCCAGAGGAUGUCGAUGCUGAAGCUCUUCGAUGCUGUUUGUCACAGGAUGGUUGGUUAAAGGUUCAAGCCCCGCGCCUGGCACUGCCAGCUGUGAAUGAACUGAUCGUUCCCAUCAACAACACCCUGGAUACAAGAACCACUCCCUGGCUCAAUCCUGACCAAAAGGCAGAGAAACAGGAGAGUGUGAAAGAUGUGGGGACCAAGAAAGCUGAAGAACAGAUGUACAGCUAAGACUGUUACAAUGGACUUUUACAGUUAUAAGAACUGUUCAUAUGCAGUCAUGUAUUUCUCAGACCAGGAUAAAUGUAUAUUGCUGAAAAGUAAUUGUCUUCAACUUGUCAAUAUGUCCUGGGUUAUUAUAAGUGUUGCUUAUGUACGUAUUUUGGAAAAGUAAACUCUUUUGAAAGUUUAUGACAAUGAUUCUUCCUUUUAACCUCAUAAAAUGAAACUGCUCCAC